UCCUCUUCAGUACCUUUUUGGCCUCCUUCAAGGUCGGACGUGACUCUUUCUAUCAUUCGGAUUUGUUUUCUAUUGUUUUCCUUUUCUUUUCAUUCCUAGCUCUAAUAUUGUAUUAUUCUCUCUCCCUAUAUCUCUCGUUCUUCAUUCCUCUCCGUAUUUAUUUCUGUUCCUUCCCUAUUUUCUCUUCCCCAACCAAUUUGAUUCACGCUUUUUCCCUUUGAUCUCAAGACGCUGAGAGAUUGAAAUCGAAUCAUCCAAGAUUACGUAAUUUCUAAAAGUUAGUGAAGAAAGCAUGGGAGUUUCCACCUUAUUGUCUCUCACGGCCAUUGUCAUCCUGUUCGCCCAGAGACUCUGUGCAGCGUUUCACUUACACGACGGAUGCCUCAUCAGGGAAAGCUACACCAUCAAGACGUUCGAAGAUUCCAUCAGCUUCCUCAUGCUGUUUCCUCCUAAGAAUGGCUUCUUCCUGAGAGUUGCCCAGGAUUCGCCUGCCCAUACAUUCCCUGUGAGUGCCAGAGGACUCGAGGGACCUCAGAGGUGGAUGCAGAUGGAGCUCCUCUUCAGUGACUCCGUCGAACUCCGCUUCGAGAACGGGACGACGUGGGUGAAGGAGAGCAGUACUCUGGAGGGACAGCUUCUGAAAUCCGUCUCCAUGUCGCUGGGACUCUGGGCUCUGAACUGUCCUCAGAGAAUGCCAUUCUGGACACUAAAAGAAAAGGCAGCCACUUUGUCUCGUGAUCUGUGGGUCAAUCAGAACGUGACCUUUUCCCUGGUUUCAACAGUUGGGUCGUUGGUUUACCUAUCACUAGAGAGAGAGAACUUAUUGUUGUGCUGGGAUGCUGUGACUGACCAGCUUGUUGUGGGUCUUGUGAUAUCAGUGGUUGAAAGCUGCCAACCUCUACCUGCUCUCAAGACCAUAUGGCUUCGAUUCGAGUUCAAGGAGGGACUGGUUACGCUGAGCAGCCCCGAAGACAGCGGGUAGAAUCUUGAGAUCCUUCUCCGUGCGACGACGAUGACGGAAGAUCACUUUCAAGACGGCGAGAAUCACGGGAGAGGUGUAUGUGGUGGAACACGUCGAUGGUUAUCCAGAGCCUCAUCGUGUUCUUCCUUUGCAACAAGAAGAAGCCUCGGUUGUACAAGAUAAGACCGGGAGGGUAUGGGUGUGGGCGUGUGUCGCCGCUGUCGCCCUCCUUUUCCUGAUGCUGCUGGCGGCUGUCGGGUCAUCCUUCGUCUUUUAUUCACGCUGGAGGAAAGCAAAGGAGGUGCUGCUCUUGCUGCGAAAGGGAGCAGACGAGGAGGACGCGAAGGAAGCCAGGACGCCGCCGCACCAGCAAGGACAACCUCUACACCCUCGUCCGUGGUGCCCCUCUCCCCCUCUCUCUCCUCGCCCCCCCUACCGCCGUCCCUGCCAGGUCACAGGAGGGUACAUACCUGACCCCGAAUAUGUACAGGACACUGGACGAGUCCGAGCACGUGUACGAGGAGGUGGACGCCGUCGCGAGGUGGUCGUCCCCGAAGGAGGCGCAAGGGAGAGCAAACAAGGCUUUUGAAAAGGUUUUGCCGAAGGAAAGGAGUCGCGAUGGGACUUCGUGAUCGAUUGUCUGUGAGAAAAAUAAUAAGAAAUAUAAAAUGGUUUAAUGUUACAAUAUUUCCCCAUUUCCUGUGCACCUCCAUUUCCCCAUUACCUGUGCAUCUCCAUCCGCUAGAAUUCAAAGAAGAAGCAUUACUUGAUGCAAAUGAGAGACAACAUAUUGAACGAAUUCUUGCAACUUCGGUCAUUAAGUCAUGCGGUUGUACAUUUCCUUUUAAUUUACGUUUAAGGAUGUUGAUGCUUAUCUAUUUAUGUGACGCACUGUUUUUUGUUUGUUUGUUUUUUCUCCGUGAGAGAAAUGAUUAUUCGUUGGCCAUUAAAUACUUGUUGCAGACUAUCUGUAAUCAGUGACUAAUAUAGGCUUGCGUGAAAUUGUUUGAUAGAAAAUUAUUUUAGCUUCCCGUAUUGCACCUACGUUUGUUUGUUUGUUUAUUUGUUUGUUCUUGUAAAUAUACCAUCCCUUGGUUCCAAGACAAGUAAAUGUUCUAAGGAUAGGUUUCAAAUGCAUCGUGUUUGAUCACUAUAUCAGGAUUCGUUAAAUUCUUGAUAUCUCCAAAUCUCAGUCUCCGUAUGAGCUGUAAUAUUUACAACAACCUCUGCAUGUUCCCAUUAUUCAUAUGUCAAAUAUUGUAUUUGGUAAUUUACACAUUUCACAUCAUGCAUGUAUUUAGAUUGUAUCUUCCACAUUUUUUAUUUCAUGCAGUGAUAAAAGCAUUCUACAACGAUGAUGAAAUAUAUCUUAGAAAGAGGAACAUACUUUUUAGGAUUUUUUAUACGGAUGUGCUGUUAUACACUGUAUAUUGUCAUUAACAUCUCUCCAUAACUAUAUCUAGAAAUGUUUAUCACUGGACCAUACUGUACAUACUGAAUUACCCAAUACUGAUUUUCAUAUUUCUC